AUGGCCGCAGUCGGGGAGUGCUCGCUGCCCGCGCCGUGGCGGCCGCUCUCCUUCACUCACGUCGAGUACCCCGCAGGUGACCUCUCUGGCCAGCUCCUAGCCUAUGUCAGCCUGGGGCCAAUAUUCAUCAUUGUUGGUUUUGUGACUCUCAUCAUAUUCAAGAGGGAGCUCCACACGAUCUCCUUCCUGGGGGGCCUGGCCUUCAACGAGGGAGUCAACUGGCUGAUCAAGAAUGUCAUCAGGGAGCCACGGCCCUGCCAAGAAGCUCAUUCAGCAGUGGGCACCAAGUACGGGAUGCCUUCCAGCCACUCCCAGUUCAUGUGGUUCUUCUCUGUCUAUUCCUUUCUCUUCCUUUAUUUAAGGAUGCACCAGACCACCAACGCGCGCUUCCUGGACCUGCUCUGGCGGCACCUGCUGACCCUGGGCCUGCUCACUGCUGCCCUGCUGGUCUCCUACAGUAGGGUUUAUUUGCUUUACCACACCUGGAGCCAAGUCCUAUAUGGAGGUGUGGCAGGAAGCAUCAUGGCCAUAGCCUGGUUUGCCUUCACACAAGAGAUCCUAACCCCUCUCUUCCCAAGGAUAGCUGCAUGGCCAAUUUCAGAGUUCUUUCUAAUCCGAGACACCAGCCUCAUCCCCAACAUCCUGUGGUUUGAGUACACAGUGACCAGAGCAGAGGCCAGGAACAGACAGCGCAAGCUGGGCACCAAGCUGCAGUGA